CCCUGCACUUCUUUGGAAAACGCAGCCCGAGGUUCCCAGUACGGUUGCAUUUUCCAGUGCAGACGGCGUGCCAUUAGAACUAAUGUCACCCGCCCGCGGGUCCGCAUUUCUCUGUGCGGGUACACGAUUUUAGUGCAGAUCCGCAGUGGCACCACCUAGGGGCGGAGCUUCUGUUAGGCCAGGGGUAGGCAGCCUGAGAGUCGCAGGACUACAAGUUCCAUCAUGCCUCUGCAAGUCAUAGCAGUAACUGUCAGUUUUGUAAUCUUUGCAAUGUCUCAUGGGAAAUAUAGUUCCACAACAGCUAGAGAGCCGCAGGUUGCCUACCCC